GCUAGCUUGGCAGCAUAAGGCUUCCAUAUUUGCUUAUAAAUGCUAUCAGUUAUGUGUAGUAGGAUUUUUAUUACUAUUUGGGAUGUUUCUUUAUACGAUACCUCCUCAGAUUGAAGAGCUUGUAUUAGUAGAACUAGGAUAA